AGACUCCGUACUCUGGGACUCAGCGGCCAGAAGCAGAGAGGAGCGACUUGAGGAGCCGCUGGAGCUCGUUACGUUGACGCGGCUCGAAAGGGAGGGUGACUUCUGUUGGAGAUGAGCGGAGCGCCGCCGCUGCUGGAACCGCGUCCCUUUGAUUCGGGAAUCUUUCUCGGUCCUGAGGCUGGGAGUCGGGAAAGUCUGAUUUGAGAAGGGGAAAGCUUUCGGAGAGCUCCUGCCUCAGUCUGAGGUUAGGAGCACAAAAAGGAGGACAUAAAGUGGGAGCGUUUCCCGGACGAAAAGGUCAUUCCUAUAAACGUCCAAAAAUAAUAAAGAAAAAAAAAUGACAACUCGCCUCUGCUUCCUCUUACUGGUCGCUCACAUGACGGUUGCGAGCGCGCAGCCGGAGCCAAAGAACCAAAUCCCCCAGGCCCCGCUGUCCGUCACUCAGAGACUCGGGCUGGUCCAGAGGAGAGCCCAGGACCCGGCCAGGCCCAACAUCACCAUGCCGCGCAGCCGCCAGCCGCCCAUGUGCACGGGGCCCACGGAAAUCCGGGACACGUUCAAGUACAUCAACACGGUGGUGUCCUGCCUGGUGUUUGUGGUCGGCAUCAUCGGCAACUCGACUCUCCUGCGGAUCAUCUACAAGAACAAGUGCAUGCGGAACGGGCCGAACAUCCUCAUCGGCAGCCUGGCGCUCGGAGACCUGCUGCACCUCAUCGUCGGCAUCCCCAUCAAUGUCUACAAGCUCCUGGCAGAGGACUGGCCGUUCGGGGUGACUCUGUGCAAGGUUGUGCCGUUUGUCCAGAAGGCGUCCGUGGGGAUCACCGUGUUGAGCCUGUGCGCUUUGAGCAUCGACAGGUUUCGUGCCGUGGUCUCCUGGAGCCGCAUCAAAGGCAUCGGCGUUCCGAAGUGGAUGGCCAUCGAGAUCGCCCUCAUCUGGAUCUUAUCCGUCAUCCUGGCCGUUCCAGAGAUAAUAGGCUUCGACAUGAUCACCAUGGACUACAAAGGGGAGCAGCUGAGGAUCUGUCUGCUGCACCCCAGGCAGAAGACGGACUUCAUGAAGUUUUAUAAAACAGCAAAGGACUGGUGGCUGUUCGGCGCGUAUUUCUGCUUUCCGUUGGCCUGCACAGGCAUCUUCUACACCCUGAUGACCUGCGAGAUGCUGAGGAAGAGGAACGGGGUGCAGAUCGCCCUUAGCGACCACAUCAAACAGCGGAGGGAGGUGGCCAAGACGGUGUUCUGUCUGGUUCUGGUGUUCGCUCUGUGCUGGCUUCCUCUCCACCUCAGCCGCAUCCUGAAGCUCACCAUCUACGACGAGGUGGACCCGAACCGCUGCGAGCUGCUCAGCUUCUUUUUGGUGCUGGACUACAUCGGCAUCAACAUGGCUUCUGUCAACUCCUGCAUUAACCCCAUCGCCCUGUACAUGGUCAGCAAGCGCUUCAAGAACUGCUUCAGGUCCUGUCUGUGCUGCUGGAUCCUACCUGCCGAAAUGCUGAUGGACGAGAAGCAGUCGUGUAUGAAGCUCAAAGUCACCGAGCGAUCCUCCGAGCAGAGCCACUCCCGCAUCACCAACAAGUCCAGCCUGAGGAGUUAGGAAGGCGCAGCUAGAGGCGGGUACGAGGACCCAAAACCAAAACGACGAGAAAGCAAGAAAAACAAAUUUGAUUGACACGAUUGAGUGAACGAGGCCGAAUUCUUUUCUCCUUUAAGAUGUCAUACGAGCGCUCCAGAUGCGCCUCUACAGAAACUCACUCUUUAUCCGAAGAGAGAUGGGAGCGGGCAAUCAGCGAAUUCCAAAAACUCCACUCUGGGUUUUGUGUUUCAUAUUUUUUUUCAAAAGCUGGAGCCAAUGUUAGAAAGAAUAAGAAGAAAGAAAAACGGUAAAAUUGAAGAGUGUUGCUCUGAAAAGGGUUAAAGGUCAUCCCACUGCAACAGCAAAUCAAACCCGCAGUCUGGACUGUAACUUUGACUCAAUGAAUCUCAUCGUAUGGACGGUUGUACUUUUGUUGCAGACGCUCUCCAAUACGGCUCUACGGUGGCUCUGAGGCUCUGUUGUUCAUGUGAUGUGUAUCCAGUUAAGUGAAUGUAUGUGUUAAUCAUCUUGAAUGCUUUGCAUACUUACCGCAAGGGGUGUAACGGGAUCGCAGCACAAGCUCUUGCAAUAUUGAACCGCCAUCUGGUUGCUGUUUGUCUCUGAUUAUGUCUGUUGAAGCAAGAGUAAGCUAUUCUUCUGAGGACUUUUAACCUGGCGCUUUGUUUCUCUUAUUUUUCUGCGUCUCUUAUUUUGAAGUAAAGGAGGAAGUAGUUGUUGAGUUGUGUUGACAGAGCCAAUUGUUUGAAGAGGCCUGUGCCACUUUUAAAGGUUUGAUUUGUGUGAUGUGAAAAGUGUUUCUGUUGCAAUUUUGUGAAAUACGCAAAUUUUGAUUACCGAAAAACCUCCUCAUCUUAGGACAAAAAUCUUUUUUAGCAAAAACAUGCUUUAAAAAAAAAAAAAAAAAGAUUGGUGCGUUUUCAUUCAGCAAAAUUAUUUUUGUAAUUCCAAUUCGCACAAUUUCAUGGCCAAUGGAAACACAGGUACUAACACUCUUCGGUGUAGAGGCCAUUAAAGAGUAACAUAUUCUCAAACAUAGUUAUUUUCAGCAGAUGUGUUUCCAUUACAAAUAUGUGCAAAACCUUGUCAAUAUUCAGCUAACGUCGAAAAAACACAAUUUCUGAAUUGUGACAUUUCCAUUAAAUAAGAAAUACAAUCAAAAUGAUACACGAAUGAAUUUGUUCACAUGAGAAGUCAUUAAAAAGACAUGCUGCGCCAUGAUCCUCCAACUACUUCCUGUCGUCUUCUUCUUCAUGGUUUUCGCCAGUAGUAACAUCUGAUUGUUGAUCAUGUGGCCUGUGUGAUGCAAAAAAGUGUUUCAGUUGCAGUUUUGCAAAACAAUACAAUAUUGAUACGGCCACAAAAAAAGAAAAAAAAAAAAACACCUCAACCUGGUGGCAAAACUUUGUGUUGAAAGAUUUUUUUUUUUCAUUGCCUUGUUUUCCUUUUCGAUACGUCAAAUUGAACAAUUAUAAGAAAAAAAUGGAAACGCAGCUAGUAAGGAGAACAAAUUUACAUUAAUUUUCUAUGUGUCUAGACAGAGCUGUAGUUCAUUUAGGCAGUGAGAGAGAGCAAGUGUUCUAGCAAACACCAGGAAGGCCGGACAUAUUGCAGUAAAGUUGCUCUGUUUUAAUCGUUGAGCUUUCAGGCUGUUCUUUGUCAUGUUUUGUAAACCGCAGAGUUAAUGUAACCAUCACACACAAUACUUAAAAAACAGUAAAACCUUAUUUUACAGGAACUCUUCUUUGAUGCACACAGUGUGACAUCACCACUGCCCUUAUUAAAAACCUCUCAAAGCAGGAGAGGCAGAGGGAAUUGUGUUUAAAUUUUAUUUUAAAACUCUUUCUUACAUAUCUAAAUCAAACAUGCUUUGAUCGGUUGAAACUGGAGUGGAUAUUUCUACCCUGAACAGAGGUUCUUUGACAGAUUCAAGAAACCUUCACGGUAUUGUUUUUGGCUUCAGCUUCCACCAAGCGUUGACAUUGCGUAUUAUGUGUAAAUAAAUCAAAACUUGAGUUAUUCACAAAUGUUUCCAGAUUCCUUGUUACAGAAACUGCCCAAAGAUUGAACGGAUCGCUGGACUCCAGAUGUGGACAAUUGCAGCAAAAGCGUCAACGCUUCAGAAUCAAACGGGCCGGAGAAGAAUCGCUGAGCCUCUGGAGCGUGCGCGUGUGUUGUUUGGUACUAAAUAGUACGCACAUCUAUAAUUACACGCAUCUAGCACCGCUGAGAUCUCUUCCCCUUUAUUCUGUGAGUGAAAUAAAAACUCGGCGUUCUUAGUUUACCCAAGAAUAUGUAGCUUCACAAACUACCUAGUUUGUGAAGCUACAAGCUAACUCCUAAUCUAUGGAGUUAGCUUGUAGCUUUACAACGCUUCAAAAGAUUUGUUCUUUGUUCUUUUCUUGCUCGAUUUUUUAAAAACUGAAAGUAUUGCUUGUUUUAACGAUGGUCACGUUGGUUUGCAUGUUGUGCCAUGGUUGAAAGAUUUUCUGUCACUUAAAUUUUUUUUUAUCCACUUAUUAUUCUAUUUUUUUGACCAAAUGAGUUGUUCACAAAUGGAACCAGCUGAUCAGCAUUUCCGAAGUUGACAUGUGACUCUGACUGCAACCAAAAAUGCAAAGACCUAAGGUCUUUUUCAUAACGCAGUCAUUAUGAAAUGGAAAAAA